AUGACGGGGGCACAGCUCGACAAGUUCUUCAGGGAGAACGAAAAUACUCUUCCUUUCGCCCCAGAACCGAACUUGAGAAACAUUGACUUCUCUGUCCAGCAGAAGGUUGGAACGGUGCAUCAUACUCAGGGACAGCACUUUGAUCAUGCGUCUUGCUUAGAUAUUUAUCUUCGCCUUACAUACUACCCUCAAACGACACAUGAGUCCCAUCGGACAGCCGCGUUCUGCUUCGAGUACCGCAUUCAAAAGCCCAAUGAGAUGGAUGAAAGAACAUCCGCAUUUCACUUACAACUAUGCGAGUCGCGGUUUAACCAAAGUGUUUUCUCAAAUAGGCUUCAGACUCUCGUUGACUCCCUCCGCCUUGGUGAGCGACUGGAUGAAUUUAAUUGCAACCUCGCAGUCUCGAUGGCAAUUAAAAUCAAAAGGCAAAUCCGUGACAAAGAACAAUACACCUGCCUUGCCGACUACACUGAUGCUUUUAUCAAUGUGAGAGAGGAAGUGGAACGCUUUGCUGGAUUCUGGGGGGAACUGAAGGAUGAUGUAUACCGCCAUCUGGUCACGGAGAAAAACACCUACUUCGAUUCACGGGAUAUCGGGUUGUUUAUUUGA